AUGUUUGCCGGUAGCCGCCUGGCGAUACGGGGUAGGGGUUCACGUCCCGCAUACGAGUCGGGUUACGAAUUAUAUGACGCACUCGUAUGCGGACCCGAAGUUUACGCCUGGCGGCGACCAACCGGAACGGCUGGAUCCCGCCAGACUCAGGCCAGCUUGAGGGGCAUUAGGACCGGGGCUACCCGGCUGGAGAGGUCGACUCCCGUCUCCCCGGUGCUGGAGACUAUUCCCGGGGCCAGUCUCGGUCCUGCACUCUCUGCGUCCAGAAGGAGGAGGAAGAGGACGAAGAGGGCCUCGGAACCGGCGCAGCCGGAGACUCGUUACCCGCCGGCGCAGCCGGAGACAUCAUUGACUGGGCAGUGUAUGAAGAUCCAGAAAACAUUUCAGGAGACAAUAGAGGACAGCUUUUCUGAUGAUAGUGACGAUGAGGAUUAUAUGCCUCCAUUAUGCAUAAGAAACAGUGGGGCCGUUACAACUGGAAUACGCCUGGAGGACCUUGAGGCCAUAGGCAUGGAGGAGACCGUCCACGUUUGUCCUGAUAACGAACCACCAGAACAGACCACAUUGUUUGAAAAAGUUCCGAUUGUGGAGGAAGGGGACAUUGUUGGCGAACCUGCAGCCCUAACCUAUUUCAUCUGUUUAAAAAGUCUUGCGGAGUACCUCUUAUUACCAAUUCCACUGUGCACAGCCAAGGACCUACUGACUUCUGUUGAGUGUCGGGCUCCUGGACCUUUCAGAAUUGAUUGUAAAGUGAGAGGUACAUCUGUCAUUCUUCAAUGGGUGAGUCACACCAGAAGAUAA